AUGGCCGAUACUUCUUUACAAAUCGCGGAGCUUUCCACUCUCGUGUCAAUACAUAAACCAGUUGUGAGAACGAGGAACAGCGAUGAUGAUCCAUCAUUGAUUAUUCUUUGUACGUGGAUGGACGCACCUUCUCGACCUGUCACCAAAUACGUCAAUCGGUAUUCCGAGUUAUUUCCAAGUUCCACUAUCCUCUCCAUCAAAAGUACUGCUAUCCAUUUACUAUUCACCUCAACUUCGAAAUACGAUUCACUACUCCAACCUGCUCUCGAAGUGAUUCUGGGUCUUUCUGAAGAAGAAGAAGAUAGGGAUCGAAUAUGUGCAGCUGUUUAUUCCAAUGGCGGAUCCCAAUCGAUCACUCGUCUAGCUCAGUUGUAUCGUCAAUAUACCAAUAAACCGAUAAAUAUCAAAAACCUCUUGGUGGACUCAGCACCUGGUUCAAACGAUCUAUCAAGCGGCCAUCGAGCUUUAUAUCUAAGUUUACCUUCAUCACCAUUUAGAAAAUUCCCACUAUCCGUACUAUCUUCAAUACUCUUAUGGAUCUCAUUGAUAGUAUAUAUGACUAUUCUCAAUAUCGCCAAUAAUGUUGAUCCAAUAACGAAACUUAGAUUACCACUCAACGAUCCAGAUAUCUUUGAAUUAGGCGGGAGAAGGAGAUAUAUAUAUAGUAAAUCAGAUCCAAUGGUUUCUUUUCAAGCUGUGGAAGAAAGUAUAAAUGAAGCGGAAUAUAAAGGUUGGAAAACAAGUUUUGAACGAUUCGAAAAAAGUGGUCAUGUCGCUCAUUCAGUAUCUGAUCCAGAUAGAUAUUGGAAUGCCGUGAAAGAGGUUUUGACAAUCUGA